CCUAAAAAUUAAUUUCUUAUUUACAAAUUAAUAAUUCAUCAAAUCAAGCUCAAAGUUUCGAGCGCCUCCCCUCGUACGGCCAUCUUCCUUCUUCGUCUUGGAUUCAGGUUCUCAACAUCCGGGUAUUGUGAAACUCAGAUCGAGCAAGUCCUUGAUCGCAGUCUGGUUUGAAUGAUUCGUGACUGAACCGAUCUGUGUCAUUUCUCGAUUGUUUUGAGCUCAAUCGCCACCGCUCCACGUGGUAAUACAAUUCGCCAGCGAUUUCAUCUCGUAUGUUGUUUCUAUUUGCUGCAAGGAGAUUUACGGGCUGUGGCGUUGGGCAUUUUGAUUUAAUGAGGAAGGUUUUCAGUUUUGGGAAAGAUAUGAGUUGUUUCUGAAAUACACAUUUGAUUUCAUUUCCUUGGACGUGAAGUAUCUGGAAGCGAAUUGGGUAGGAAGGUGGGCAAAGAUGCAGACUAGAGUGGUGGGGGUUGAGGAAGGAAAGGCCUCUGCCACCGGCGCUGCCAUUGCCAAUGGCAGCACUAGAACAAACAGUCCUGUCAAGGCCUUUCCCUUCAGGUUUCUUCAGCUCUUCUUUCUGUUUCUGCUUGUUUUCCUUGGAAUAUCACUGGCUAGUUUGCAUACGGUGAAGUAUUUUGGAAGUCCAAAUGUGGCACCUCGAGUAGCACGGACCAUAAUUCGACCUUGUCUUGAAGAGCCAACCAGUAUAGAAAGAUGGAUCAGACCUCCAUCAAGUCUUCUGCAUACCAUGAACGACGCCGAGCUUCUCUGGAGGGCGUCUUUUGUUCCUCGUGUCAAGAAGUAUCCAUUCAAGAGAGUUCGAAAAAUUGCUUUCAUGUUCUUGACCAAGGGACCACUGCCCUUGUCUCCUCUUUGGGAGCGGUUCUUCAAGGGACAUCAGGAACUUUAUUCUAUAUAUAUUCACUCUUUGCCAUUUUAUGUAGCUGAUUUUCCACCGUCAUCGGUGUUUUACAGACGACGGAUCCCGAGUAAGAUCGCCGAGUGGGGGAGGAUGAGUAUGUGUGAUGCUGAGAGGAGACUGCUUGCCAAUGCACUUCUUGAUGUUGGAAAUGAAUGGUUCAUUCUUCUUUCCGAGUCUUGCAUUCCUCUCCACAAUUUCAGCGUCAUUUAUCACUACCUAUCUCGAUCCCGUUUCAGUUUCGUGAGUGCGUUUGAUGAACCAGGAAUCAUCGGUAGGGGACGUUACAAUGAGAGUUUGGCACCUGAGGUUAACCUCACCAAUUGGCGGAAGGGAUCUCAGUGGUUUGAAGUCAAUAGAGAACUUGCAGUGAAGAUGGUUGAAGACACAGUUUACUACCCCAAAUUUAAAAAGUUCUGCAAGCCACCAUGUUAUGUUGAUGAACAUUACUUCCAGACCCUGUUGAGCAUCAAAACGCCUCAUCUCAUAGCAAACAGGAGUGUUACUUUUGUUGACUGGUCGAGGGGCGGUGCUCAUCCUGCAAUGUUUGGAGACGCAGACAUCCAGGGCGAUUUCUUCAGUAAACUUUUCGAAAGUAGAACGUGUGUUUACAAUAACCAGCCAUCAGCGCUCUGUUUCCUUUUCGCUAGGAAGUUCACUCCAAAUGCCUUGGGUCGACUGUUAAACAUAUCAUCCGAAAUCUUUGGAUUUUGAUACAAGCUUGGUAGAACUGUUGAUACGAUCUGUUUUACUUUUCUGCAGUUUUUACGUAGAGUUCGAAUAGAAUUACACUUGUAGAUGUAUAAAAUUUAUAUAAUUUCUCAAACUGUACGUGCCACGAUGAUAUAUAAAACUGUUGUUCCUGCUACUACUGUUGAUUA